UUAAAAUCGGAUGUUAUUACCGGCUCCGGUGUACCACAGCAGGGGUACUGUUGCAAAACGUGUUGCUAAGCGACAAAGUAACAAAAGCCAUCUUUGUGUGUGAGUCGCAGUAAGCUGGCUGCAGUAUUUUCAGGAACAUGAAGGCAGGAGAAAGAACAUGGAACUUGAGUCUUUUCAGAGAAGAGAACAUGACAUUUUGGCCAAGAAGUCACCCGGUCGUGUUUCCGCAUCUCCAGACAGACCACUGGAGCAAAAUGAAAACAAUGGUUCCAGUUUAUCUUGCAUCAGUUCCAGCUGCCUUGUUGAAGGACAGAGGUGCUCCAAACCGGCUGUUACCUCCUCUGACUCCGGAUAAAACAUCGGUAAAUUAUUCUGUUCCCUCCAUGGUGGUGCCAGCAUACAAUCUGCAUCAAAACAAACCAAAAACUUUACCUCAAAACACGCCCCAGCUCAGGAAUGAGUUCAAUGACCGUGCUAGGAGGGGCUUCUGCUACUGGGUCCUUGAAAAGAAGGGCUCAGCGUGUAAGCACUGAUCCAAAUGUCACCUAUACAAGAAGUGUCAACUUGGUAAAGGAUACAGCUUUGGUGCCUACAAGACCUCCCUGGGAUUACCAAAAGUCUGACAAAAUGUGUUACUGUCUAAGGUGUUUGUAACCAUCUGUCAUAAUCAAUUUUGAAUGCAUAAAACAUAGGCCUAUAUAAUUUCACUUAGAAUGUAUAUAAUUAAAUCUCUCUUAAUCUUGCCAGGGUGUGUCCACAGCAGCCAAGACACUACCUGAAGGGUUAUUCACCUCUCAGUAGUAAUGCUGAUAAGUGUUACCUAGGGGGAUCAAUAAUGUGCUUAGGAUAAUGUAUAACUUGGCAACAUACUACUGUUUUUCUUUAUUUUAAAGGACAAAGAGCUGUACGUUAGAUCACCUUAAUCCAGUUUCACUGGCAGUGUUAAACCUCUUGUUUUUGUGGGAAUCAAUCUUGUAUUUCAUGCUAACUACACCUUGUGUUUAUUUCCAUUCCGUCAAUCUCUUCUGCCUCAUGAAUGUUGUGUUAAUCGUUUUCAUUUUGUCAUAAUGUCCCUUUUUUAUGUUUUCAAUCAGAAUUGCCUUUCAAAAUUGUCAAAACAGUCAUCCACUAUUUAAACUUGUGCUUUCUUUUUAUAUUUUACAUACAUUCAAAUCACUUUGAACUGAAUAAAUUGUGACGUAUUAAUCAAUUCAUUUUGACUAGCUCACCAGUCUGUUUUGAAUGCUGUUUUUUCGCGCUGCUUUUCUGCCGAUUGGUCAAAUCUCGUUGAUAGAAUUGAUCUCGCGAGGUGUAGAGUAAUCUGGUCGUUCACUUUCGCUCAAACUUCAGCUUCAAACCUAUGGUUCAGACGGCCCAAAUAAGAAUCCUUUACCGCCAUUAACCGGCGGUUAAUUGAAACCCACAUGUUUUAAUUAAAUCCACUUUUAAGACUUUAAACAAAGCGUUUGUUUUUGUUGAGAAACGGUGUAAACGAUACAUCGUCUAAAUUACCAAGUGGACAAUGGCGGACGGAUGAAGUGACGCAGUUUUAUUUUGACCCCCUGCAAAGACUGGCAACUUCUACUGGGCGUUGCCUGAAAAGAAAUCUCAGACAUGGAAUACCGCAGGAAGAAGUUGAAGAUUAAGCGGCUUCAGACUAGUAUCCCUUCACCCACACAGCUUCAGGAGAGUAAUGCUAUUUUAGGAACACGGUCAUGCUGGAACAUGUCUCCGAAUGAAGAUUCAUAUAACCUCAGCAGCUCUCCUGGACCUGAUGGCCUUGGGGCACUGAGUCUGGACACUUCCAAGAGAAAAGCAGAAGAGCUUUGUGAAAGCACGCCCGGCAAACUUAAGCUGAAGAAGCUUUCCAGGAAAAAAUAUGAAGAAAUCCUAACCUCAAAGGAGAGGGCCAUAGAAAACUCAUCCAGGGAGCUGAAAUUCUCAGAGAGCGAUCAAGUAUCGCCAACUCCACUUCACUCUUUCUUAAUGAAAAAGAAAGAGAGGACACCAGAGGAUGGAUCAAAGGCUAUCUACAGGAAGGCAUUAAUUGCAGCAAUUGGCAGCGCAAAUGAAAGGGGCAGCACUAUUGAUACCCCCGUUACCUCACCACUGAAGAGGGAAUUGUUCAGUCUAGCGUCUCAUGACAGAACAUCUACAAAUAGAGAUUGUUCCCCAGUUAAACCGGAGAAUGAAUCUGAAGACAACGGUUAUAGUCAGGAAGAACCAUGGGAGUCCAACAUUCAAUCGUUUGAGGACUCUGAACCCCAAGGUGGUGCAUCAGAGUUAAAAACGGACAAAAGAACAGUGGUUCUAAAAGAUGAAGAUUCACAGAAGAGGUUUGUCGAUCUGGACCAUGUAUUCGUGGAAACCACCUUUCAAGACAAGUUAUUUGCUGUAGAAAAAAUACCAGAAGACAAAUGCUGCAACUCUCCCCUUAAUGCUCCGGAGAAUACCCCAGAUUAUAUGUGUUGUUUCUCACCUCAUCAGUAUGAUUCUCCUCAUACCCAUCAAUGGAAAUGUCCUUCAUUGAAUACCCAGGAAUCUACAACUUCCUCUUUCACCUUUUCAUCCCCUAAUGAAACGAGGUCGUUGUCCCCAUCACAGAGGAGAGUUUUUGUCCCCUUUAGGGCCAACCAAACCAACACAGUCCCUUCAAAGGCAUCCAAAGUUGGGACUGAGAGUUCCUGCUCUUCCAACGUUAUGUCCUGUGUAUCAGAUCCCUUUGCUCUACCACUCCACUCAAAAAGAGGACGGUUGAACUCCACAGCCACACACAGGAAGUCAGAUUCAAGCUUCCACAUGCGUCACUCCUUGACACAUUGUGGCAGUCCUAAAAGAAGACUAUCCAUGGGAGCUGCGCCUUUUCAGACCAGUAACCUCUAUCUGGGCAGUCAGGUUGGUUUCAUAGACACCCACUGUCACAUAGACAUGCUCUAUGGAAAGCUUGGCUUCCACGGGACGUUCGACAGCUUUCGAAGGCACUACCAAAGCAGCUUUCCUCCUGAGUAUAGAGGCUGUAUCACCAACUUCUGCAACCCAAGGGCCACGGCGAAGGAGGCCCUUUGGGAAGGUUUGCUGGCUGAAGACAUGGUAUGGGGGGCGUUUGGUUGCCACCCCCACUUUGCCAAAUUCUACUCUAAUGUCCAUGAACGCAAUACGCUGAUGGCCAUGCGGCAUCCAAAAGCUGUGGCGUUCGGUGAGAUCGGCCUGGACUACUCCCACAAAAACUCCACCGAAACCACCAAACAGAAAGAGGUGUUUGAGCGUCAGCUGCGUUUGGCUGUGGCCAUGAGGAAGCCUCUGGUGAUCCACUGCAGGGACGCAGAUGAUGACCUGCUGGAAAUCAUGAAGCAGUGUGUCCCCAGGGAUCACAAAAUUCACCGACACUGUUUCACAAACAGUUAUCCGGUCAUCGAGCCCUUCCUGAAGGAGUUCCCCAACCUGUAUGUUGGUUUUACGGCACUGAUUACCUACUACAAUGCUGCUGGGGCCCGAGAUGCUGUCCGUCAGAUCCCUCUGAACCGCAUUGUGUUGGAGACGGACGCACCAUACUUCCUCCCAAGACAGGUUAAGAAAGAUGUCUGCCGGUUCGCACAUCCUGGGAUGGGCAUCUAUACCCUGCAGGAGCUGAGCCUGCUGAAGGGGGAGGACAUGGCCACGGUCCUCAGCACCAUCCGGAACAACACCGUGCAGCUUUACGGCAUUUAAUCUUAAAGAUGGUGGAUAAAAACUAGCAAGAAAGAGAAGACAGAAUAAACGUUUCUUGAACUAGUUUGUGACGAAAAAAAUGGUGUGGCUUUUUGUUUUAGAUUUGUCAGUCGGCCGGGUAGAGGUUUAGUAAUGAUCAAUCUCGUUUAAAUCAAUCUGAAAACCUCUCUGCUGUAUAUUUGAGUUUUUCUGAUUUAUGUUGCAUUUCAUUGUUUAUGAAAAAUAUAACUCCUAAGCGUUUUUGGGUUUGGUUUUCUUUGCUGUUUUGAAUCCCCUGUUUGUUUAGAUUUGUUUGGGUGUUUGUGUUGUGCGCUGUGUAGUUUGGUUUUCAACAGUGUGGACGCAUUAAAAGCCUUUGAUACUUUAUUUAACUGUUAAGUUACCUUUUACUGACUCGUAUCAAAAAAGUUGUGACUGAUCAGAUAGAUGAAGAUGAAAGAAGAUGAAAAAUAGAAGAGAAUAGUUUAUCGUUUGUAACACAGCAACACAAACAUGUGUGCUGUUUGCUUUGAGCAAAGGAAACGGUUGCAAGACUUGUCCAUUAGCCUGCUUUGAUGCCAACACGUUUGUCACACAUAGUUGGCCUGAGUGCUUUUAUAUUUGAGAAUGAUUAACCUGGCUUCUUGUGACAUUUUCUGGUGAUUACAGAAUGCCAACGAAGGACAAGAGUAGAGGUAGAUAGAAGUGUCUCUUUUAUGCCAAGUUUGACAAGGUGGACGUGUUGAAUACAUACUUUUUUAACCAGGAUCCUAAUAUAGCUUUUUUAUUUUUUAUUUUAAGAGCCUCUACAGAAAGCAGGCCAAAGGACUUUAUGUUCAGGGUUGUAUAUCUGUGGGAUUAAAAGCAAAACGGUAAAACGCUCCACAGAUGCUAGCAACAGAGCAGCAUGGGCCCUCUGUUUCAUCUAAUUCUUCACAUUUCUGCAGGAAUUCUUUCAACAACCCUAAUAACGUGUGUAUGCAGUUGUAAAGGGUGUUUCCCCAGCACUUCCAGGAAUAGUUUCACACAAAAAUUG